UCUUCUUCAUCCCCAUAUCCCAAAUCCUUCUGAAAAAUUUCACAACCCAAAACCAUGGCUCUCCACGCCUUGCUCCUGAUCCUCUUAGCUAUCAACCACCUUCAGCCUUCUACUUCUCUGAUUUCAACUCCGGAUUUGAAUUCUCAUUCUCGCUACCCCAGCCCCAGAGCCAUCUCUGAUUUGAAGGAGGCGAUAGUGAAGGGGUUGGGAUUUCAAUCGGACGAUCUGAAGAUAUCGGGGUUUGAUCUGAGGGAAGCGCAGGUGGGGCAUUCGGUGGCGUACGAGUUCGACGUGGAGGUAGAUAAGAAGGUGAUGCCGUUCAAGCUUUUGGAGGACGUUGACCGGUGGGAGUACGUGGACCUGCCGUUGUUUCGGGUCGAGGAUGAGAGCGGGUUGGUUAGGAAAGACAAGUUGGGUGAGGGAUUGCCGCCGGUUUUGGCUCCGUUUCAGUUGGAAGGGCCGAUGGAGCUUUGGAUUCAGGACGGUAAAGACAUGAGGCUCUCGCUUCCGCAUGAUGUGGAUGCUGGUGUGUUGAAGAAGGUCAUUUUAGCAGAAGGGGCUGUGGUUACUGUGACUGGUGUUAGGUCGGUGAGCCUUAGGCACCCUUUGCAGCUACCAUUGCCUUUGAAUCGGACCAGCCGUGGUUUUGCUUCUGGGCUUGUGACUCUAGCUGAAUGGCUGCGCCACGCUUCUAGAUCCGAAUCAGCUCCUUUGCUGUCUCUCCGCAUUGUGGGUCCAACUGCUCUUACAGCCCCUGCCUCGUCUUCUCCCUCCAUGAACAACAAGCUCAAGCUUAAACGGCUUGCUCCUGGCCUUGUGGAGUUGUCAUCACCAGCCAAGACAAGACCUGUGUCUGUUGAGCUACAAAACCAAGGGACAACCGUUCUAUCUCCAAAAUACUUCACAAGUGUUUGGCCUCUUGCUUCUGUUAAUGGGUCGAACGCCAAUUUGCUGGCUUUUGAGUCGCUGCUUUCCACUGUUCUUGGUCCCAAGGCAAACAAAAAAGGUUCCUUUAAAUUGUUGAAGGCAGAUGUUUCGGCGCAGACAUUUUUGAAGAUCGGGUUUGGGGUGGAGAAGAAGGUGAAAGGAGAUGGGAUAGACUGGUCAGGUUUUCCAGCAUGGAGGACAAAGCCUGAGACUGUAAAGAUGCAUUUUGAGGUGCUUGCUAAGGUUGAUGGCGAUAAAAUUGUUCCCGAGAGAGUGGUUCCAGUUAACCCUGUCAUUUUGGAGGAUACUAUCGCACCGAAUCUUCUGUCGGGGAAUGUCUCCAUGUCCAAGACCCCUGUAGCUCAACCUCCCCCUAUUCCCUUCACCUUGUAAAGUGUAUCUUUAUUGGGGUCCCUGAUAGAGUCUCGAAGUGUAAAGAUGAAACAGUUUUCGUUUUGAAAGAAUAUGGAGUUAGAUGAGGUUUGAUACUGUAAAUAUAGUAAUAUACCAUGAGUAACUUAAAAGGCUUCAAUUGUUUUUCC